AUGUCAACCGGGCUCACUCCACACCCGCCGCCACCACGGAUCCGCACGCCUCCGUACCCUGUACCCCCCGUCCCGGCGAGGUUGUCGGACCCGCCGCCGCCGCCGCCGCCGGUAGCGGCAGCGUACCCGGCACCGCCGCUCCCGCCCGGCCCGCCGCCGGCAGCCCAGCAGCCUCCACUCCCACCCGGCCCGCCGCCGCCGACGUCGUCAUCGGCAGCGCCAGCCUCGGCUGGUGGUAAGGCGUUGUCGGUACCCGCAAGCUCGCAGAGCCCCACCAUGGUUGCUUCGACCAAACCGAUCUUCACUUCGAGCAAGAAAGCUGCGAUGUGGGGCUCGCGCUCGGUCGACGUCUUCCAGAAGGAGCGCCACGUGGGCGAGGGCACCUUUGGCAUGGUCUAUCUUGCCACCGACAAGGCUACCGGCGAGCGCGUUGCGCUCAAGAAGGUCCGCACCGAGUCUGAGCGCCAAGGCUUCCCCAUCACCGCCAUUCGCGAGAUCAAGAUCCUCAAGGGCCUCAAUCAUCCCAACGUGGUCUCGCUCAAAGAAGUCGUCAUGUCCGACCUUGGCACCGUCUACCUUGUCUUUGAGUAUGCGUCAAGUGAUCUUGUUGGCAUUCUGGACAACCCGGAGAUCCCUGCGCUCACGCUGGCCCAGAUCAAGACGUACCUCAAGCAGACGCUCGAGGGUCUGUACUACGUCCACGCGCAGAAGAUCAUGCAUCGCGACAUCAAGGCUGCCAACUUGCUUGUCCACGACGGUGUGCUCAAACUUGCUGACUUUGGCCUCGCCAAGCCCAUCGACCGCAACGCCGACGGCUUCACCAACCAGGUCGUCACUCUCUGGUACCGAGCCCCAGAGAUUCUGCUCGGCGAGCGCAUGUAUGGUCUGCCCAUCGACAUUUGGUCCGUCGGAUGCAUCAUGGUCGAGCUCCUCACUGGCCGCGCCUUCCUACCGGGCAAGGACGAGGCCCACCAGGUCGAUCUCAUCUGCCGCCAGCUCGGCACCCCGACCGAGGCCACCUGGCCCGGCUGCACCAGGCUCCCGCGCUUCGCAACCCUCGUCAAGAACAAGUACCCGCCCAUGAUUGCCCGCACCCUUAAGGAUCUCCAGCCUGAUGCCUACGACCUCGUCACGAAGCUCCUGUCUCUUGAUCCCGCCAAGCGCCCAACCGCCCAGGAGGCGCUCGAGCACAAGUUCUUCUUCAACAAGCCUCGCCCGCUCAAGCCGGAAAAUAUGCCCAAGUUUACCUCGCAUGAGCUUGACGCCAAGGAAAUCCGCAAGAAGAUGCGCGCCGAGCAGGCUGUCGGCGCAAAGCGCGCUGCCGCCGCCGCCGCUGCUGGUGCAGACCACCCCUCGAAGCGCUCGCGCAACCUGUACAACCAGCCUCGCCGCGGCGACCGUGACCGCCGCGGUGGUGGUUCCUACGAUCGCGGUGAUCGCAACCGUGACCGCGACCGCAACCGUGACCGCGGCCCGCCGCCGGGCCCACCGCGUGCUCGCGGCCCGCCGCCGGGCCCACCCGCCCCGCAGCAGCGCCAUCACCACCCGGGCGCCGCCCGCCGUGGCGGCCCGCCGCAGCGCCACCGCCACCCGGGCUUCAACCGUCAGCGCCGCCCAAACCGCCCGCCGCCCAAGUCCGCUGCCAAGAACGGGUCGUCCGGCCGCGGUGGGGCCGGCCCCGCCGCCGGCAAGUAA